AUGACCCUCAUUCUUGAAGGAAGCAAAGCCCUGGUGCUGAUCUUACUGGUUUCCUUUCUGGGGGUGAACUCCGUCUCCCCGCAGAACCCUCACCAUCAGAAGUUCCUGAGGCAGCAUCUCGAUUUCCCCCAGAGCAACGCAGGGCAGGACUACUGCGGUGUCAUGAUGCUACGGAGAAGGAUGUCGAGGCCUUGCAAAGAUACCAACAGCUUCGUCCAUCUCCCCAUCAAGCAGCUGAAGGACAUCUGCAGUUGGGUGGGUGCACACUACCGCCGGGCCUUGCGGGUCAACAAGGCACAGAUAUCCGUCACCACGUGCAAGCUGCAGGGGACGGCCCAGGGCCGGUGCUUCUACGGGGCCCACAACGGACGGAGGCACAUCCUGAUCAGCUGCGACUUGGCCGGGUGGCCCAUCCAUUUUGAAGAGAGCAAUUCCAUGUAG